ACUAUGUACCUCAGUGUCGCGUCGCCCUUACUGCUAAUGAGGAUAAUUAGCACACAAGAAUCAUAAAUAACGCGACAAUUAUCCUUCUACCAUGUUAUCCGUUUCGUACGUGUUGUUAUUGGUGAUCCUGAGCUUCGGUGGAUUCUUUGCUACGGUCUUAGUGAUUAAAGCGGCUCUGCGACUGUGGAUCUGUACUCGGAGCAGGCGACAGGCACGUGGCGAGGAAAUCCCUGCGCUGUAUGACGAGAGGACGUCCCUGCUCUCGUCUGCCUCUCCCACCAUCACCCUGGCCUCCGAGACAGACCCCAGGCGUCCUCGCUCCCCAGAGGACGCUCCCCGACGUGGCUCCUCCGCCUCGUACCAGACCUUCACCAGGAGCCAGGAGCAGACCGUCGUCGACGCCCUCUGCAGCGUCCAGGGGAUCCCCCUCCCGAUCAGCCCUCUCCCUCCGUCGCCUAAAAGCGAGGAGGACGAUGACUCGAAGUGGAGUUUCUGCGACUCGGCGAACUCGGACACGGAAGUGGAGUUCUACUCUCAUCCGGGAUCGUACAAGGAGCUCUCCACGUCGUCGGUAGAGAGGAGUAUGUGCUCCACGAUGGAGUUGUCCUUGAAGUCCGCGCUGGAUUCGUAGGUCUUUCUCUCCUUCCUUUUGUUGUUUUCUUGAUUUUGUUGGUUCAAUAAAGAUUGUCUAUGGUAA